GCACCAAUUUCCUCCACAGUCCAGACACAUGCAGUAUACACUCAGCACCACCUUCAAGAUGGGCAGUUUCCAGUGGCACCACGUGGAGGAACGGACUUCGCCACCUAUAUAUACAGGGAGGUUGGGCUGUCAUCAUGUGUCCUUGUGGCAUAGUCUACAGUAUAAAAUGUAAUCUGCAAGCAGAAAGUCCACGGGAUUUUGCAGAUAUGCUUCUGUCUUGGAAGCAUCUGCCUAAUGUUGUUAUAUAUGACUUUGCUCGUGGACUGUCCACGCACACAAAUUUGAGGCAACCCAUAACUUUCACACCUUUCGAGGGAAGGUUACUCGAACCAACCACUGAAAACAUUGCAAAAGCAAAAUCAGAAAAAUUACAGGUAACUCUGCCAUGGCUCACUGCAAAAAAACAAAGUCCAGAUCCAGAUGGUCACCCAAUAACUGGUUUUGCAGAACACUAUGUUCUGUAUGACCGCUUUCACGAAGACAACACAAAAGAUCCUCGUGAUUCACUGAGGAAGCUUCGUCUUGUGCCUCAACUAGCUGGCAAAGUAAACAGUCCGGCUGCAGAACAGCUUUUUUCAAAGCUAAAGAAAAAUAACUACUUUAUGAACAUGGCAUUGCCAUCCACACAUGUUUUCCUACUGCGAAACAUCAUCCACCAUUACAAUGUCAGAAAAAAUGAGAAACGUCUUCAUGACAUAAACAAGGAAUUCAACAAAAACAUUCACAUGAAUGACCCCAGCCAGGUUGUUUUAGAAAAUCCGUUGUCCACAGAGAAGGUCAUGGACUUGUCACUUGUUAAUUUGACUGUUCGUUCCAGUUGCUAAGUGUCAAGUUUCUGUUCUUUAAUUAUUAUGUGUUCUCUUCUAAUUUUGAUGCUUUAAUGUACUUUUAGGACCACUGACAGCACUGCCAGAAAAUAUUGUGGCUGCACAAAUGACUGCUGCAUCACCAGGCAUAUCAUCUGUCACAUCUCCUCAGUCAUCAGUACCAAUUACAGAAAAAUCUGCUUGUGAACCUACUAAGCCUUGGGAGAGGGACUGGCAUCCAUUACAAGAAAAACUGCUUGAUUAUGUGCUGGAGCGAAAUCGGCCUGGCAGUGAAAUAUUUGUGAAGGAGGGGCAAGUGUGCCUUAUUCGAGAAGAAUUUUGGAGUCUUGUAUUGCUAAGGGACAUGGACUCCCAUAUUGGAAACGCCUGCAUGAAGCUUAUUUGUGAAAUGGCUCGGCAAAUUGGCAAGGACAUAUACAUUGAGGACUUUUAUGUUGUCCCUGUGUGGAAAACAACUCCUAACAACAUUGUUACUGGAUUACCGGAAGAUGCAGACUUGAAAGACCUGUUAGCCUUUCCAGCAUGGACAAAUGCAAAUGGACCAGACCACUUCGUUGUCUGUAAAAAUCUUGAAAGAAGCAAUAAUGGACAGACGAGUCUUCACUGAGGCCAGCUUCCAGCCUCCACCGCUGACACUGCAGCUCUACACUUUUGACUUUUGGCCAGCGGAGAAAUUAAAAUGGUCGUGCCGAACUGAGUCUGGUUUCUCUCAAGGUUUUUUUUUCUUCACUCUCCUGUUGGUAAAG